GAGGCGACCUUCGCGACCGAGCAGACAUGGCCGAGUACACGCGGCUGCGCAACUGCCUGGCGCUGAUCCGCCUCCGAAACCCGCCGGUCAACGCCAUCAGUACGGCUGUACUCCAUGGAAUACGAGAGGGACUGCAGAAAGCUGUAACAGACCAUACAGUAAAAGCCAUUGUGAUUUGUGGAGCGGAUGGCAAAUUCUCUGCAGGUGCUGAUAUCCACAGCUUCGGGACACCUAGAAUGUCUGACUUCGUACUGGGACAUGUAGUAGAUGAAAUACAGAGAAAUGAGAAGCCCGUGGUGGCAGCUAUUCAAGGCCUGGCUUUAGGAGGGGGACUGGAGCUGGCCCUGGGCUGUCACUAUAGGAUUGCCCACGCAGAGGCUCAAAUUGGCUUCCCAGAAGUCACAUUAGGAAUCCUUCCUGGUGCAAGAGGAACCCAGCUUCUCCCCAGACUCAUUGGAGUUCCUGCUGCACUUGACUUAAUUACCUCAGGAAGACAUGUUUUGGCAGAUGAAGCCCUCAAGCUGGGUAUUCUAGAUGAAAUUGUGAACUCAGACCCGGUUGAAGAAGCAAUCAAAUUAGCCCAGAGAAUUUCUGAUCAGCCUUUAGAAUCCCGUAGACUCUGCAACAAGCCAAUUCAGAGCUUGUCCAACAUGGACAGCAUUUUCAGUGAAGCCCUUCUGAAGAUGCGGAAGCAGCAUCCUGGGUGCCUUUCUCAGGAGACGUGUGUCCGUGCAGUCCAGGCUGCCGUCCAGUAUCCCUAUGAAGUGGGCAUCAAGAAGGAGGAGGAGUUGUUCAUGUACCUUCAGAAAUCAGGGCAGGCUAGAGCCCUGCAAUAUGUUUUCUUUGCGGAGAGGAAUGCCAGUAAGUGGUCAACCCUCUCGGGAGCAUCCUGGAAAACAGCAACAGCACAGCCCAUCUCCUCGGUUGGCGUUGUCGGCUUGGGAACAAUGGGCCGGGGCAUUGUCAUUUCUCUUGCGAAGGCCAAGAUCCCCGUGAUUGCUAUGGACUCGGACAAGAAGCAGCUAGAGACGGCCGAUAAGAUAAUAACCUCCCUCCUGGAAAAGGAAGCAUCCAAAAUGCAGCAUAACAGCCACCCUUGGUUAGGACCAAAACCCAGGUUAACUGCAUCUAUGAAGGAGCUUGGUGGUGUGGAUUUAGUCAUUGAAGCAGUAUUUGAGGAAAUUAACCUGAAGAAGCAGGUCUUUGCUGAACUGUCAGCUGUGUGCAAGCCAGAAGCUUUUCUGUGCACCAAUACUUCAGCCUUGGACAUUGAUGAGAUUGCUUCUUCCACUCAUCGCCCUCACUUGGUCAUUGGCACUCACUUCUUCUCACCAGCUCAUGUGAUGAAGUUGUUAGAGAUUAUUCCCAGCCAGUACUCUUCCCCCACUACCAUUGCCACAGUUAUGAACUUAGCAAAAAAGAUUAAAAAAAUUGGAGUAGUUGUAGGUAACUGUUUUGGAUUUGUUGGCAAUCGAAUGUUGAAGCCUUAUUACAAUCAGACGUAUUUCUUGUUAGAAGAAGGCAGUAAGCCAGAGGAGAUUGAUCAGGUGCUGGAAGAGUUUGGUUUCAAAAUGGGACCUUUUAGAGUGUCAGAUCUUGCUGGAUUGGAUGUGGGUUGGAAAUCUCGACAAGGGCAAGGUCUUACUGGACCUAUGUUGCCUUUAGGAACUCCUGCCCGAAAGCGAGGCAAUGGGAGAUAUUGCCCAAUUCCUGAUAUGCUCUGUGAAUCAGGACGAUUUGGCCAGAAGACAGGUAAGGGUUGGUACCAAUAUGAUAAGCCAUUGGGUAGGAUUCACAAACCUGACCCCUGGCUUUCUGAAUUUCUGUCACAGUACAGAGAAACGUAUCACAUUGAGGCACGUAUCAUUAGCCAGGAUGAGAUCCUUGAGCGCUGCUUAUAUUCACUCAUCAAUGAAGCAUUCCGUAUCUUGGGAGAAGGGAUGGCUGGUACUCCAGAGCACAUCGAUGUUGUCUAUUUACACGGGUAUGGAUGGCCAAGGCACAGGGGUGGGCCCAUGUUCUACGCCUCCACAGUUGGGUUGCCCACAGUGCUAGAGAAGUUGCAAAAAUAUUACAGGCAGAAUCCUGAUAUUCCACAACUAGAGCCUUGUGACUAUCUGAAAAAAUUGGCUUCCCUGGGCAACCCUCCUCUGAAAGAAUGGCAAAGCUUAGCAGGACCCCCUAACAGUAGAUUAUGAUUCAGCCUUCCAGGUUAUGCCUCAUGGAAUUUCAUUGAUAUUAAAUCCAAAGAUCCAAAAUAAGAUUGCUCUGAAAUACAAAGCAAAAGAAAUAAGUGGUCGGCUAAACCUUCUCUUUGGGUCUUCUGUCUGAUUAUUCUAAUGGGUCAAAUCUUUAGGAAUGUGCUUCCUAUGCCUCUGAGUCUGUCUUUAUCAGAUAAAUCAUUUUGAUCCCAGUGAAUAAACUUGUAUUAAUACCGUAAUAGCUAAGGAGAGAGACUCAGGAUUAAGUUGAGGUUUCCAAGUGCUUUGAUCAUUGGAGAUGUCAACAAUUAAUCACUGAUAAAUGCCACUGAGCCACAAAUUCAUUCUGACCCCUUUCCACCUCACACACACGGCCCUGAUAGGAAAUCUUACGGGUCCUCUACUCAACAAA